AUGGCCGAGGCCCGUACAUGUCCCGAGGCAAAGCCGGGCGUGCUCAACCUCCACGUGGUCCCUUAUUGGCGGCUCGAUGCGUCGGACACCUUCGAGAGUCUCUACGAGAACUGGGCCAAGCCGACACUUUCGGCCGUGGUGGAUGAACUGUCUCCGAACUCACCGCGACGCUUCUCUUUCGACCAGGUGGCAUUCGUGGCCCGCUGGUGGCAGGAGCAGAACGUCAGCUCGAGAACCCGGAUGCGUCGCCUGGUGGACUCUGGUCGGCUGGAGCCCCUGGGCGGAGGCUGGGUGCAGCCGGACGAAGCGAGCUGCCACUACUCGGCGCUCGUCGACCAGCUCACCCUGGGCAUGCGCUGGCUGCAAGAGAACCUGGGCGACUGCGGACGACCGCGGGCCGCCUGGCAGCUGGACACGUGGGGACACUCGGUCGAGCUGGCGUCGCUGCUGUCGCAGGCGGGGCUGCACGGCCUGUUUCUCAGUCGCCUCCCGGAGAACGUGGCAUCGCAUUUCAUCUGGAAGGCAGACGCCAGCUUGGGAGAGGCUGGAGAAAUCUUCACGGCAACAGCACGUCGAGGCUGGCCCAAGGGUUACUGUUUCGACGCCGAUUGCCCCAAGGACAAACUGACGGUGGCGAACGCCGUCGGAAGGGCCGAGGAAUUAAUCAGAAGAGUGGCGUCUCAGACGCACAAGACGAACCAGGCUUUGAUCUCGAUGGGCGGCGACUACCAGUCGGCAGCGUACACCUACGAGAACAUCGACACCCUCAUUCGAUACAUCAACGCAAAGCACCAGCACCUUCCCAAGGUUCACGCCUUCUACUCGACUCCGUCGUGCUACCUCCGCUCACUCCUCGAGGCCAACGAGGCGUGGACCGAAGUGGACGAGGACCUGUUUCCCUACACCGACGGCGCCCACCCUCCUCGGCAGGCGGCCUACUGGACGGGCUACUUCAGCAGCGAGCCCACCUUCAAGCGCACCGUGCGCAGAGCCAACGGCGUGCUGCAGGCCUGCAAGCAGCUCUCCGUCCUGGGUUUCGUGCACAGCAAGGACAUCCGGGUGUUCCAGGAGAACGUGGCCCUCGCCCAGAACAGCGAAGUGAUAGCGGGAUGCGAGAGGCCCGAAGUGCUCCUGCAGUACGAGGCGCUACUCAACAAUGGCAUCGCUCGCUGUCAACGCGUGAUGGACGAGGCCCUUCGCGCCGUCGUGUGGGAAGGCAACUCUGUGAGCCAGCUCCGGUUCUCCCACUGCCUCGAGGAUGACUGCAAGCCGGUGGACGCUGACGAGGCGUGGCUGCUGGUGUACAAUCCUCUCGCCUACGCCUACACCACCCACAUACGGUUGCCGGCCAAGCAAGGAUACUCGUACGUUGUCGACGGACUCAAUGCUCAGAUCUUGUCUGCCGAGAACAAGGCCGACGAGGUGGUCUUCUCCGCAAGGCUCGUGCCCCUCGGUGUGACGACGCACUACGUACAAAGGUCGCGAGAGUCUCCUUUCAAGAAACCGGAGGCAUCGCCGAGAGACGAACAACCUAACAAAAUGACCGUCAUCAGGAACAAGCGUUACCGCCUGGUAGUGGACUCGGCUACGGGUUUCGUGCGUGGCAUCAUGGUCAAGGGCGGGCUGCAGGUGACGCUGCAGCACCUGUUCCUGUCCUACCACGCGUACCAGGGAAGCAGCCGCAAGGCGUCCGACAGUCGCGUGCUUAACCCCGUCAACGACGACCCGUUCGACUUGGGGAACAACGUCACAUUCCGCAUCACACGAGGACUUGAGGUGCAGGAGUUGCACCAGCGCUACGCUCCGUGGCUGGAUCUGGUGGUUCGCCUAUUCGAGAAUGAGGACACCAUCGAAUUCGAAUGGUCGCUGGGGCCGGUGCCACUGGGUGACCACAAGGGCAAGGAGAUCGUGUGCCGAUUCGCCAGCAGCGUGCAGAGCGGCGAACUCUUCUACACCGACACCAACGGGCGACGCAGCAUCGAAAGAAAGAGGCUGGAAGGCAGCCCUGUGGCCUCCAACUUCUACCCGGUGACAUCGUGGGCAUUUCUAGCGAGUGAGUCCCAGGGUGUCCAACUGACCGUGUUUCCCGACAGACCACAAGGUGCAGCCAGCCUCGCAUCCGGCAACCUUGAAUUCCUCAUUCAGCGUCGACUGAUCGGAGGCCGUGGAGUGCCUGUCAGAGGACGCCAUUGGUUGCACAUCGGCACGAUCGCAGAUUCACAGGAAUACUUGCGCAUCUUCGCCAAUCGCUUGGUGUACGGCCCUCAACUUUCUUUAGUGGACGCCCGGCAGCCGUACUUCACCAACCUCACCCAGAGAGAAUGGAGCGGGUUGCGCUCGGAACUCCCGAAGCACGUGCACGUGCUCACCCUGGAGCGCGUGUCCGGGGACAAGCUGCUGGUGCGACUCGAGUACCAAGCGCCCGAGAUGCCAGAAUACGCCAACACGACACAGCUGCAUAUAUCGCGUCUGCUGAAGAACCAGGACAUCUACCACAUCCUGGAGACGUCGCUUGGGUCGACGCAGGACAAGGCGGAGAUGGUGCGCUUCGUGUGGCGUCGCGGGAGCGGGCAGCUGCCGGCCGUCAGCCAGGAACAGCGCAUGCGCGUCUGGCUCAAACGUGGCUACCAUCCACGUUUCGAGGAUACCGUCGUGCUGCACCCGGGAGAGAUUCGAACCUUCGUGGCAAGAACCGAGAAAGUUAGACCGCUGCCCGAGAGUUAGAGCGAAUAAACGCGUAUGAGAAAGUGAUGCCGAACUUUGCUUGGUCUCCGAGAAAGCAAAUAUUAGGAAGAAAGCACCGAAACACAAUAAAAAUGCAGAACAAAAAAUU